AUGGGAGCGAGAUCCGGAAAGGAUCAUUGGGCUUUCGAAACUCACACUGCACACUUCGACGUGCAGAAGGGGUUGCUAACAGACUUGCUCGUGGUGGAAAACGUCCCCGAGUACAAUGUGGAGUGUGUCAGACAGGCCCUUGGCCCAGCCUACAAGGUGCACUCCGUAAAAGUUGACCCCAGAGCAUUUGGCCAACGGGCUGCAAGGGCACGUGUGUACGUAGUGGCAUACCGGCGCAAAGCAUUGAAAUUCAGGGACGGAACUUCCUUGCACGGCAUGCUUUCUUUGCUACGGCAGAAGCCAAUCCUCAGCAUCAGUGACUACUUUUGGAAGAAGCUUCCAACCAUGUUGCUAUCUGCGCCGAAUGCUGCCAACCUGGCGGACUAUGAGAGGCUCUAUCCGAACAAGAUGUACCCCGACUUGCAGCAGAUGGCCUCCAAGAUGCGAGGCGGCAGCGGGACCAAAGUCAAGAUUGAGGCUGGGCCAUGGUCGGGUGAAGUGCUGACAGCUCUUCAGAAAUUCGAUCCAGAACGCGAUGAGCACCCUUGUGAGUACGUGGCCACCAAGCUUGCGACCAUGAACCACGAGGCCUUGCACACAUGGUUGCAGCAAAUGACCGAUGGUGCGGUCAUGCACCCAUCCGGUGUCACAAUGCCUGCGGACAAGACAUCGACGGUGUUCCAAACGCCGAUCUUGUCCUUUGGGUACAAAAAGCCCACUGAUGGGUGGCCGAUCCUCAAGGAUUGGGUAGGCCAUGCAACAUCUAUCUACUCGAAUGGGUAUGAGUCGUGGAGAGAGACGGUCGAGUUGAAGGUUCUGUCAGAUGCGAGCCUUGGUCAGCCUAUGACCUGGGGAUGCGUUCUCCCGGCGAAGGGCUUUGGCAGGAUCAGUGUGCUGAUGUUUGGCAUCAUCUACUCCUAUGCCGAGCUGCAUGGCAAGCCCUGCUGGUCGGAGGAAGUGGAGAAGGAGUUCAAGCAGUGCCCCGUCAAGAAUCUUAAUGCCUACAAUUUGAUUUAA